AGAGAGAGAGAGAGAGAGAGAGAGAUGAAAGUUUGUGUGGAGAGCUGAGUAUCGAAAAACAAGUCUGGAGCGGAGCUAGCGGUAAUCAUUACACUACAACAAAACAACUCGUCAAGUCUAACAGUAACUAAAACAGCUCUGCGUGCAGCGGCGGUGCAAUCUGUUUAGCACCGUUGACUACCUUGUUUUUUUUUUUGGCAGUGCGAUUAGCUGCUACUCCGACUCGGUCUGUGUUGCUAAUAGCACAGCAUUAAAUAAAAUGCACACCCCUGCUCCGCUCCGUGAGGUGUGGAUUUUCUGAAGCGAAUUGAGGAUUUGAUGCCCUCGUUCAUUCGGCAUGGGCCGACCAUUCCAAGACGGGCCGACGUCUGUCUGCCGGACUCUGCACCCGCGGGUUACUCCGCGGCAGCGGUGCCGGCAGUGGUGCCCGGUAGCGAGGCCGUCGUUUCCCGGAACCAGAGUUUCCUGCGGCCGCCAGUGCAGCGGCAGCCCCGUGAGAUUGCGCGGCGGGAGAGCAACCGCCUCUCUGCGCCCGCCUACAUUUCACGCAGCCUGGCUGACAUUCCCCGGGAGUAUGGCAGCUCACAGCCCUUCCUGCCCGAGGUGAACCCCAUGGCAGAGAACGGAGACGCUAGCAGCAGCGGCGGCCGCUAUUACUACCCCCCGGACCCGUACUACGAGGGCCAGCGGCGGCGGAACGUACCCGACCGCGUGCACGAGGACUAUCACUACUACGAGCACAGUAACGAUCACUUCCAAAGGGGGCCGGCGCAAGGAAGGCAUCCUAAUGCCAUUGGAAGAAUCCAGGCAAAGUCUCUGGGGAACCUGACCAGUCCAGGCGGAGAUGACCUGCCUCUGCCCCCUGGCUGGACGAUGGACUGGACGAUCCGCGGCAGGAAGUACUACAUCGACCACAACACCAACACCACCCACUGGAGCCACCCGCUGGAGAGGGAGGGCCUGCCGCCGGGCUGGGAGAAGGUGGAGUCUGCAGAGUUCGGGGUCUACUACGUGGACCACAUCAACAAGAGGGCACAGUACAGGCACCCCUGUGCACCAAGUGUCCCUCGCUAUGACCAGCCUCCCCCUCUCCCCCCUCCUGUCACUUACCAGCCACGGCAGGCAGACCGCAAUCAGCCUGUACUGGUGCCGGCAAACCCCUACCACACCGCGGAGAUCCCAGACUGGCUGCAGGUCUAUGCCAGAGCGCCGCUCAAGUACGAUCACAUCCUGAAGUGGGAGCUGUUCCAGCUGGUGGAUCUGGACACGUACCAGGGCAUGCUGAAGCUGCUGUUCAUGAAGGAGCUGGAGCGCAUCGUCAAGUCCUACGAGGCCUACAGGCAGGCCCUGCUCAGCGAGCUGGAGACGCGCAAGCAGAGGCAGCAGUGGUACGCCCAGCAGCACAGCAAGAACUUCACAGGAAACAUGUGAGAGGAGGAGGAGGAGGAGGAGGACAUGGGCUUAAUCUCCCACUUCCACAGGUUCUUGGACUCAGGUGUUUCCACCUACACUUACCAGUGCGCUUUUAAAUAACUUGCCGUCCGUUUGUUUGGUUUCAGAUCUGUAACGAGGUUUGGGGUGAGGAGGGGUCCAGAUAGAUUGAGUUAGUGCCCCCCCCCCCACCCCACUGCACAUUCGAGGUAAUGUCGCUCUGAGAACUGAAGUGACCAAACACGGAGGAAGAAAGAGGGCAUCUUAUAAUCAUUUAUUUAUUGGCUGCAGGGUUGUAGACAAAUAAUAAUAAUACGAAUAAUACGCUGCAGCUUUGUCUUCGGGAGGCUGAGUUUUUUUUAAAUCUCUGUUAAGUGAUGGGCUGUGCGACUGUAUUAAUAAUGAAUAAGCUAGAGCAGGACGAGAACGCAUUUGUGUCUGCCCUAAAGGAGUGAUUCUUACUCUGGACACCUGGACUGUCUGUUUCUAUCUAUUUUAUGCCGCAGUGUUUUGUUUGCUUGCCUGUAGAUCACCUGUUUUAAUUAAGCAGCCUCCAUUGCUUGUUUUCAGUUGAACACUAAUGUUUGCCGAUUCUUGUUUGUGACGUGGGUCCUUGCGCUGCAGUGGGAAUAACUUCAUGAUGUUGCUUAGCAGCGAGCCAUUCCCAGGAGCUUAGUGAACCACUUUCUCAAAGCUCAGGUAGCCCCAAGGCUACAUUUGUAAGUAAAAAAAAAAAAAAAAAAAAAAAA